CAUGGGCAGAAGAGGAUGCAUCAAUUUUAAACAAAACAUUAUAUCACUGGUUUACCAGCGUCGUCUGGAAUGUACACAAGAAAAGAUUUUUUCCAGAACGGUUUUGGUCCCCUUCUCCUAGAAUGAAGUGUGACACUCUCGCGCCACUUUUAGAGGCGGCAUGGAAAGCUGAAGUAGACAAAUGUAAUGCAAACAGAAUGAGGAAGACAAGGAAUUCAGCUUCGACUGCGUACAAGGCAAAUGGCGAAAAAACAUAUUUUUCUGAAAAAUCACCGAUUAUAAGCGGACAGUCUACAAGACAAGAACAUGAGAAGAGUACAAAGCCUAACCUGUUCUUGGCCUUGCUUAGAGUGUUUUGGUGGGACUGGACGGAAGCGACAUUUUACCGAACAAUUGCUGAGGUAUUGUGGUUACUUGAACCUAUUGCACUCAGAUUCAUCAUAACUAUAGCCGAGGACAAGAGCUCCGCCCCUGAAUGGGAAGGUUAUUUCUUCUGUUGUAUGUUGUUUGUGAACCUCUGUAUCAGCUCUUGCUUCUAUCACAUGUCCUACCACCACAUACAAGCCGUCGGACUCAAAGUAAAAACAGCACUUAUGUGUCUGAUAUACAAAAAGGCACUAACGAUGAAAAGAAGUGGAACUCAAGCAUCAACUAUUGGAGAGAUUGUCAAUCUAAUGUCUGUAGAUUGUCAAAGAAUACAGGAUUCUUUAACGUUCUCUUUUUAUGCGUUCGUCACUCUGUUUACGUUUGGUAUUGCAUUAGCGCAACUUUGGACGCUUAUGGCUGAAUAUUCCGCUACACUACACAGUGGUCACCCGAGCUAA